AAGUUCGUCAUGUUUUAAUAUUCAUAAUGUGGAAUUAUUAUUUGAUUUUUGUAGAUAUUCAAUAUUUAAAUAAAUAAUUUAUAAUGAGUGCAUAGUAUUCUUUCUUAUUUAAAAUUUUAGCCUAAAUAAGUUAUAAUGAUUAAUAAUUUGAGAAUACUAUUUCGAGGAUUUGCAAAUCUUAAAACUACUGCUAAUAGACAUUUGACCUCAAAUAUCAGAUUAAUUAGUAAUGGUGUUCAAUCGCCUAUAUAUCCUCCUCGAAUUCCCAUUACUAUUAAUAUACCAAUUGUUCCAAUAAAGAAAAUUAUAGAAAAACCAAUUAUUUCUAUACCUCUUAUAAGUCCAAAGCCUAAUAAAUCACUUUUAAUUGAUAAUCCUUUAAAUCCGAUUAUAAAUGAAAUACAAGCAGCACGAUUAAUAGUUAUCCGCCGUAAAAAAAUGAAAAAACAUAAACUUAGGAAGUUACGUAAAAGGAUGAAAUAUGUAUGGGCUAAAGUUCGUCAAAAAAGAGAAAUGAGAAAGGAAAAAGCUUUUCAAGCAGAACUUUUAGGACAGAUAAAAGAAGCUGAAAAAUUUAGUCCUGUGGAGUAUGUUCAAGAAAAACUGAAUAUUGUUAACAUGACAAUAUUGCCCAAUAGAUGGAGAGGAAAACGUUUGCCAGAAUUUGUUAUUAAAGACUUAAUUACAAAAGCUCAAAAUAAAAAACAAGCAAAACAAGAAGCUAUCGAAAGAAGAAAAAAAUUGUUAGCCACUUUUAAACAUAGUUUAUAAAUUUGUUUCUGUUAGUUUUUUAAAAUAAACUUUAAUUUAAUAGUAAAA